ACACGCGAAAAACUACUUUUUCAUGUGCCAGACAUGUUGCGGACCCCACACCAACUCGUUCCCGGCAGCCACUGAGCCUUGUGAGCUAGCGACGCGUCGCGUGUCUCAGGGUACCGGAGAACAAGCUAGGGGUUUCUGAUGGUACCGUAACCGCCCCAUGAGCGCCGGGUACGGUCGGCAGAGUCUUUCCCACCUGUUCAAAGGUGAAGACCAUCUUCAAAUUCCCCGCCACGGACAAGCUACAGUACGAGCGGCAGUCGUUUGUCUCCGACAUCCUUUGUUCAGGCUUCAAUCGAAUUUGUUUAUAAGCUGCAGUUCCUGCAGACUUGCUGACGUUUGCCUCGAGUUCAUUUCAGACACCGGAUGCGAAGCACUCUCGUCUCUGUAUAGUGAACAUUCGCGUGAACGUCGUUCUUUCAGAGACGUGUUAGCGCUCACUUGCCUUGGAUGUUAGACUUACCCAGAACGCCUUCUCCAAGGGAAGUCUCUUCUGCAUUCGCGAACAGUGACGACCGGGCUCCUGCAGCGAGGACUCUUUCGGUCACGAGGUUCACAGGGCGUCAACGGAAGCACUUUGUUGCCUCCGCUCAGCACGAAGUGGGCCAGGGCGAUUCGGCCGCGUGCUGUUCGUUCACUUCUCUGGUCUGCUGCAGUUUGUGAAUGGCAUAUCGUGAUGGAAGUCAGACACCGUUCUGUCCAGUUAUUCUGGGUGGUCGGGUUGCUGGGGUUUUUGAUUUAUGUAGUGUCACUUCAUGGUUCCCCGGUGAAUGCCGCGGUUGUUGCCGAAUCAGAAAGUGAGGCUGGAGACACUGCCCUUGUGCUUCAUGACACUGAAGUCAUGAGCUCUGGCGGUACCUCCAGACCCCAGAAAUUGGUGAAAAGAGUGCAAGGGUUUCUUCGGCGCUAUUCGGCUCCUAUCCGAGUUACCGUGUCGGCCAUUAUUAUUUUCCUCCUAGGGUAUUACGCUUUCCAGUACGGCCUCCGGAGGCGUCCUCAGGAUGGUUCUCGGCGGGGGCGUCAACCCCCCGAUGAGGAUAGACAAAGAGGCAGCUCGCCGGAGACUGCUCCUGAGCGAGGAACGGGGGAAAGCGAUUCUUCGGGUAGUCGGAGUCCCGAAAGAUUUCCUCUGGGCUCACCUCCUGCUUCACCAGACCAAGCCGACGAUGGCGAUGGGUCCAAGAAAUAUAGGGUGGACGCAUCCUCUCUUUUGGGGACCAGAAGUGACUUGACCCGUCCAUCGGGUAGUAGUGACGAAGCAAGCCAAGUACACGGCCGUCAAGGCUUGGAUGUUUCGGCCUCCAGAUCACCACCUUCUCCAGCAUCUGGGGGGAAACCCGUAGAGGGGCCUUUACAUUCCACACCUGCAACGGGGAGUCCUUCAGAGACUGUCCUUGUACCAGCAGACACACAAAGUCCGUGCUGCGGCGCAAAGGGCUCGCUUCCAAAGGAAACAUCCCCGACAAGAGACAUCGGAACACACGUUCCCGGAAAACGUUCGCCGCCAUCACCGUCCCCACUGCAAGGCCCGCGUCUUGCUUCAUUUUUCGUGGGCUCUGAAAGCGGGCCAGAGGGUGACGUCGUCAUAAUCCACUCAGGUGGGCCUUCUUCGUCGUCAGGCAGCAGCGGCUUGGGCGACAGCUCAGUUUCACCGUCAGAUGGUGACUCACCGACGCCAAGCGCUCCUGCACGAGGCAUGCAGCAAGAGGGACCUGUGGGGGGCAGCAGCUCACCGGAGCAAGGAGGGAGGCAGGCACAGGCACCCAUUAGUACCACUACUGCUUCCUCCCCACAAACAGGGGUGCCUCCAGGGAAAGCAGCGCCGACAUCCAGAAGCGAUGGCAAGCCGCCGCCAGGGCGAACGGGCGUCGAUAAGGUCGGAGGGCCUUCUCGUGGAAGGGGGUCGCCUUCGCGUAGCCCGGGUACCCGGUUGAGCCUUUCAAAGACCCCACGGGGACCAGUUGCCUCACCGACAGGGGGGCUACGAGGAAGGGGUGGCAGCCAUGCAGCAUCGGCUGGACGAGGGCCGUUACCAGGUCCUCCCGGGAAACCGGAGCAGCGUCCAGGAGUUCUUGGCCCACGGACGAAGCCCUUCACACCAAAACCUUCGUGGGUGCCACCAUACGGAACACCAUCAUCCCGGCGUGUAGGAAGUCGUACUCGGGAACCGCCACAAAGUCAAGAACAGCAUCCGCAGGCCCCGUCUGGCGAGGGGACGCGUGACUUAGACGGUAGAGACCAAGACGACAGCAGGUGAUCGCCGUCACCCUUUCCGCUCGAAAGGGCGGGAGAGCAUGUUUGCAGCUGUAACGUGACGCCGGCUCAGCAACAGAAGGUUUGCACCAGCCCUUGCUGAACAUGGAAGAGUAUCUGAAUCUUUGUUUCCUCUUACGUGAACUGGAAGCAUGUGUGGAUGUUCCUCCACGCUUUAGGCACGUGUAAACGGCGGUGUGUUGUUGUAGGUCCCAGCAUUAGGGAUGCUACAGCUGAGCAGAUAGGCACGGAAGGACCCCAAAACUGUAGUUCCGACAGCGGCUCCAGACUGUGACUCUUUAUUCCUGCUAGAGCGGGUUUGAACUCGUGACUGCUGUGUUGGAAAAGGUACCGGUUGGAGGAAGCCAGUCAGUGCUUUGACGCGAGGAGCCACCGGCCGACAGGUUGUAACAUCGUUGAAAGUCAGACUACGCUCUUCACCGUUUUUUCAUAUAAAAUCCAAGUGAAUUCCUAGCAAUUCGCCGAAGGGGUGCUCAGGGUCCAACCGUCGGGCCAUAUCAAUCCUACGAAAGGUGCUGUUGUAGCACGCAACACACUGAGAGGUCAGGCGUGAGAGUGGCAAGUGAUUGGCGACAAAGGAAGGGGAUGUACUAAGUCGACCACCCUGAAACUAAUGAAAAUGAAUAUAUAGGUGACGGGACAACUUCCCAGGUCACCUUGGAACUUUGGAAUUAACCCGGCAAUGUUUAAGCACGACACGAUUCGUCGUUGGUUUUUUAAAUUGAUGGUUUCCGCGUUUUUCAAGUCAUUGCAUAUCAGAAUGGCGGUCUGUGUUACCUGCAGUCUCGAUGAUAAUACCAGCGCAGUGUGCCUUGGACGAAGUACGUGACAAUCAUUUGUUCUGUUCGUACUUGAUCAAGUUCAUGCCCCGGGGCAACGUCAGUUCUCUUCGCAAAACAAACUUUCGGCACUCAGCAAAGCAGCGAAUAUUACUGCCAUUCUUCCUCAAGCACCACAGACAGAGGCUAUCUCGUGUUGUGACGUGCGAAGUACAUCAUUUUGUGGCACCUUUACUCCGCGCUUUCUAUGUAUCCAGGGGUGCACCAACACUUGCAUGACGCAUAGUUACCGUCGUCUGGUAUCUGAGACUUGUUUCCCUACUAAGGACGUCGUGGGUCCAUUCUGCAGUUGCAACAGGCUCAUUAAGAAGGAACCCGCAUCCAAAACGGUUCAGUGUGUUGUACACUUCUCGAGGUAUCCGCGCAGGGUCCGAGAAGGUGCGCAAACGGACGAACGCGGCACUACGUAGAAAACUGGGGAUGUAACACAGCAGACGAAGGUAGACGCAGCCAGCUAGGCUUCAUCGCAAUUUGCUUGCGUUUUCUGCACCCUGUCGGUUUUGCCUGGAUUCCUGCCUGUGGUACGGUGAGGAGGACUGCUCAAAUUUCUACGUGGCAACGUCAAUCAUAGUUGUCCUGCCUAGCGAAUCGCGUUUGAGAUCUCCUGGCAGCCGCAACAUACACGACUCAGAGAGGGAAAACACAAUAGGAAUGCUUACAGGUUAGCGCAGCAAUAAAACAGCCGGAAUUUAACCGCGAAUUAUGUUCGAAAUGGUGCAUUUCGACGCCUCCGGAAGGAAGUCAGAGUCGACGCGGGCCGUUCUGCGGCGGUGUCUGGCCAAUUAUUUCCGAAAUUAGAUGCCGACAAAAUCUCUUACAAGUCGUCUCGGACUGAGCAUAAAAAGGACGACUCCCAACACUUGACGAUUACUGAUAAUGACCAAGAUCAAUUUGGCGCGUGAGACCAGCGGAACCGCCUGACGCACGUCAGCAACCCCACGAGUCGUACGAAGCGCAACGCCUCAGGCACGUCGCUUGGAGCUCGAAACAUCGACACUGUUUAUCCUUCCGCAGACAGAAAUUUGGAAAAGGCGCUUUAACCGAAUACCCACAAGUGUGCUCGGUCAAUGCUGUUGCUGGAUCAUUUUGACGGUCUUUUUCUGAAGCACUACAGCCCCUACAGUUACUGGUUCAGGGGAUGCCGUUCCGAGGUGAGGUCACACAUGCGAGGAAAGCCUUCUGGACUCGAGAGUAAAUUUCGCCAGGGAGGAAACCGUUUCGCGCGUUCUGACUCACCAGGAAAGAACGAGACCAGCGAAACAGCGAUGAGCGGGCAUUCGUCUAACUCGCUUACAGCCAACCCCUUGCAAAAUAUAUAUCACAACUGGCUUGCUAGUAUUGCUAAAACUGGCGUAGGCCCUACGAACACAGUGUCAGCAGUAGCGGUUAACCUACCGAUGAUUCGAGAACUUUUUACCAUUCAAUUAGCAAGUCGUUGCCACGUCCGCAACGUGUCAGACAAACUGUCUGCAGUGCUGUGGAGAGGACAUCUCGAACGCAUGUGCCUUUCUCUGCUACUCGCGUAUCGUUCCCACUCAUGCAGAGGUCGUCGCUAUCCUGAAUACCCAGUCUCAGGCUGAGGUUUAGAGAAAGCCCUGUCGCGACCGAGAGUGCCACGCGAGUGCCAGGCGGAAUCCAGCAGAUAGGGUGUUCAACCACAACGUACAUCAAUCACUGGGUACGUAGGAUCGGACCAAAUGAACUUCCUGGCUGAACAUGCCUUUUCUUUGAAACAACACGGCACCGAGCGCAUGCCUCGAGACCUCCCGGCACGGUCCAUCAGGCAAAGUUUGUUGUUUCCUUGACUAGUGCAGGUGGCGCGAAUUCACAAGCAGCAACACCAUAUACGGUUUUCAUUGGCUCCUAUCCUAUUAGACCUUACUACCAGGGUGAUUCUAUGCCAAUACUAAGUAAACAUCCCUGUUCGUGGAUGCACCCACGAAAGGAACCUCUGAACCUGAGGCCCUUUCAAACUGGCGUCUCGUACCUCCGGCCAGAAUCAAGGAAGCAGGGCGUGAGAAAAGUAUCUCUGAACGAAAAACCGGACCAGAUAUCUGUGACAAGCUGUAGGCGAGACUCGUGCGUGAGAGGUCUCUCCCAGUGGAACAGGAUUUCUUGGCACCCUCUUGUUUUCACAGAGACGCUCGCUCACGAGAUUCAGCGAAAAUGCGAGAAAAUCUUCCCGUUCCCACUGUUUGGACUUGGGUAGCGUUCUAGUACACCUCUUGUUCCAGACGCCGCUUUGGCUUUCGGACCUUCAACAGAACACACCGAGCAGCGAGCAUCGAUACUGACAAGGAUGUGCACAGUGCGACAUUGCGCGAACGCGUAAACC